AUGACGACCGGAGAGACUGAAGAGACUCCGACAUGUGGAGGACAAAAGAAGUCAGAGGGGAGAACUGGAGGAGGAGGAGGGGACGUGAAGCUGUCGUUCACCACUCUCAGCACUAUCGCCAUCCAGGCUGGCCAAUCACAGAUUGUCAUCUCUGUCCUCAAGAGUGGAUCUGUGGUUCACCUCCAGCUGGUCCAGGUCCAUCCAGGCCUCUGUGAGAUUGGAUCAAACCAGGAGGAAAACCAGACACUGAUCCAGGAACAGCAGCAGCUGAUGGAGAAACUCAAGAAACAUGAGAGGGAAGUGCUGACUGUGGUGGAAAGGAGCCGACAGGCGGAGCAGAGGAAGAGGAGGGACGAAGGGACGAUGGAGCAGAGGAGGAGCAAGAAACAGGAGGAAGAGGAGGACGUGCACGAGGCCAUGGCGGCAUCUCUGAACGAGGGAUGGUCGUUGCUCCUGCGCCUGCUCGAGAGACGGCAGGAAGUCCUGAUGCUGGCUGCAGACUUCUACCGCCGAGCUUUGGAGUUUGCUGUCAGUAUUGACCGAGUUGAGGAUCUACAGAUCGGACCAGACAACGACAGACUGACUGAAGUACAGCUCACAUACGAGUCCAUGAGGAGAGCUCUGUCGGCCUGA